GACGACGACGACGACGACGACGACGACGACGACGACGACGACUACGAAUAAUGGCUUUCCUCUUCAAGAGCAAGAAGAACCAGGAGAAGGCCGCUGCGGCGACAAAGGCUGACGAGAAAGGCUCGGCCGCGGGAUCACAGGCGUCGCUGCAUGGCGCCAAUGGGCGAGGAUCGAAGGAUGAGAAGGAUGGGUCGACGCUGAGCCAAACCCCGACGCCGACUGGUAGCAUCAAUAAUUCGAUCAAGUCUUUCCACGGCAAUGCGCCUAGUCCGGACCCCAAGGGACCCGUGAGGCGAGGAACGGGCGGCUUGGAGAAGUCGGAUUUGCCACUACGAAAUGCAACCGCGCCGGCUGUCCAGCCUGUAAAUUCAGCUCCGAAUACAGCGCUAUACCCUUGGACAUAUCGAAAAUUAACCUUCACAUCGUCGCAUCCGAGUCCGUUUCCCCGAUAUGGCGCGGCCGUUAACUCGGUGUCCUCGAAGGACGGUGACAUAUAUAUAAUGGGUGGCUUGAUUAACAGCUCGACUGUUAAGGGUGAUCUAUGGUUGGUAGAAGGUGGAGGAGGAAAUAUGGCUUGCUACCCGCUGGCUACAACCGCAGAAGGUCCGGGACCAAGAGUUGGCCAUGCGAGUUUGCUCGUGGGAAAUGCAUUCAUUGUCUACGGUGGUGAUACCAAGAUGGACGACAGCGAUGUGCUGGAUGAGACCUUAUACCUCUUGAACACAUCUACACGCCAAUGGUCAAGGGCUGUACCUGCCGGCCCAAGGCCUGCGGGAAGAUACGGACAUUCCCUGAACAUCGUCGGGUCAAAAAUCUACGUAUUUGGUGGUCAAGUGGAGGGUUACUUUAUGAAUGACCUGGUUGCAUUCGAUCUUAACCUACUUCAAGUACCAACCAACCGCUGGGAGAUGCUGAUCCAAAAUGAUGAGAUGGCGACUGAUGGGAGCAUCCCGCCUCCACGUACCAAUCACUCCAUUGUCACAUGGAACGAAUGUCUUUAUCUAUUCGGUGGCACCAACGGGUUCCAGUGGUUCAAUGAUGUCUGGUGCUACGAUCCAGUACCAAACGCCUGGACCCAGUUAGACUGUAUAGGAUACAUCCCAGCACCUAGAGAAGGCCAUGCUGCGACGAUAGUAGACGAUGUCAUGUACAUUUUUGGUGGGCGCACCGAAGAGGGUGCAGAUCUCGGAGAUCUGGCGGCCUUCAGGAUCUCAAGUCGUCGUUGGUAUACAUUCCAGAAUAUGGGCCCAUCGCCGUCCGCUCGGUCCGGCCACAGCAUGACAGCGUAUGGAAAGCAGAUUGUUGUCCUCGGAGGAGAGCCUAGCACGGCUUCGCGAGAUGCGACUGACCUGUCUGUGGUUUUCCUGCUCGAUACAUCCAAGAUCCGCUACCCUAACGACCAAAUGAUCCAACAGACCCCAGCUGGGGAGCAGGUGGCUGGCCGCAGGCAGAGCGACGCAGAUAGAAGACUCAUGGGUUCGCGCGGCCCCGGGGAUGGACCACCUGAUAUGAAGAGACUUAAUGGCGCACCGGCACGUACAAGCGUUAUGGGACAACAGAACAUGUAUGGUGGCCGGCCGAAUGGGCCUCUAGGAGUCGACGGAAUGGAUAUGGGUAGAGACAGCCCGGGCCCUGGUUCGGCGCCUCUGCAAGGCCUAGGUAUAGGCUCAAAGCUACCUCGUGCAUCGCUGAUGCAGGCACCGGCUGGACCACCCCCUCAAGGAAUGGCUCCUAGUAGGCCCAACGGCGCACCGCAGCAAGGUAACCCGUUCCGUGGAAAGCCGCCGCCGCCAAGCAGAGGCUUUGGCCCUAGUAUCGAUACUUCGAUGCGCAGCCAAUCGCAAGAGAGAAACGCACCGGGGAGCAGGGGAUUGUCUCUAUCUCCUCGUGGUAGUCCUACCAGCAACGGACAGCGCGGACUACCAAUAACCGCACCGAUUGUUGUUGCCAAGCAGGAGGUUGUUAGGCAGGACGUCACCGAUGCCCCACCUACAAAUAUGCAGCAGGCGUCUGUGGAGCUACCUCGAUCGGGAUCAAAGUCUCGUCGCCCGCAGGGCUCGUUGGGGAGUAUCAAUGAGGGGACUCUGAAGAGUGUCACCAACCGUUCAGGUUCUCCGCCACCUCCUUCGAGGCAAGGAAGCAACUCGGCAAAGAACAAAUCAGCAAGGAACUCCCAAACGGUGUCAUUACUCAACGAGCUUGAUAACCUCAGGAACCGCAAUGCCUGGAUGGCUUCGGAGCUUGAGCUCGCUAGAAAGUCAGGAUACACACCAGGUGGUACCCCAAGCUCUAUUCUUGACAACCGGAUCUCGACGUCGUUUUCUGAUGCCGAAAGGCCAUUGAUCGAAGCUCUGAUCGCCAUGCGUUCGGAACUAUCGUCCGUGCAAGGAUCUAUCGACCAGCAAGCAAUUAUUGCUGCUAAGAAGAUUGCAGAAGUGGAGAAGCAACGCGAUGCUGCUGUUAGUGAGGCGGUGUAUGCAAAGGCAAAGCUUGCCGCCCAUGGAGGUAGCCAAACCAGCACACCACAACUGGAUAAUGAUUCGAGAGACACAAACUCGAUAUCCGGUGAUCGCUCAACCGAUGUCGCACGAAAGCUUGCUCAAGCGUUAAGCGCGCAAUCGAACUUACAGAAGAAUAUCGACAGUCUGAGUGCGGAAGUGGAAGCAGAGGCUAAUGGCCGCAAACUUGCAGAGGAGACUGCGAAUAUUGCCCAGGCUCGCAUCGCAGAGCUGGAGAGCUACAAGCAGAAGAAUUCCUCGGAGGUUGAGAGCUUGAAGGCUGAACUGCACCACGUCCAUAUGGAGGCCAGAGAACAGUCUAUCCUGUGUGCUGAGGCCGUCGCCAAGGCGAACCUCCUCCAGGUUGAUAGAGAGACCUUGGAGGGACAGCAUAACGAGCUACUCGGGACAUCGAAGGACCACAGCGAGACUUUCGGGUCUCUGAGAGCAGCUAUCGCCGCAGCGCACGGUAUGAAGGAGCACCUCGAGCGCAAGGUAGAGGAAGAGCGCAGCCAGCGCGAGGCUCUUGAGGACAAGCUGCGCAAUCUUCGCUCCGAGCACGAGGAGCGCACUUCCGAGCUCGAAACUGCGAGCCAGCGUCUGCGCGAUGCCGAGGAAAUUGCCGAUAAGCAUGCAACAGAAGCACAAAGCCUUCGACAAGCCGUUAUGUCUGGACUGGACAAGGCAUCGACGAGGGAUAUGCCGAUGAGCCCCACUUCCGGAGGCGAGAAGAUCGCCACCCUCCAGGCUCAGGCUGAAGCGGCCAAUGUCUUGGUGCGUAAGUACCAAGGCGCUGCGGACAAUGCGUCGGACAAACUCCGAAGUGCAGAGGAGCGCAUUGCUGGUCUUGAGGCCUACCAAGAGCAAGUCAGCCGUGAGGGCAUGAGUAUCCGCAAGCAGCUCCAGUCUACCAUGAAGGAAGUGCAGACUCUGCAGGCUGCCAACUCGGAGAUGAGGCACCAGAUUGCGAACCAGCAGCUCGAGACCAACGCCGUGCAUGUCCAACACAAUACCCUGAAGGACCUGCUCCAGGAGCGUGGCAUCAGCCCGAUAACUGCGGCGCGAGCACGUAGCUUGAACAGCCCGCAGAUGCGUUCAGACUCACCGGAGCAAAACCGCCUGCGUGAACUUGAGCAGCAAUUGUUGACGUCGCAGCAAUCUCAUGAGGAGACGAAGCAGCUCCAUGCUUGUCAGUCACAGGAGGUUGAGAGCACAUACCGUGAGAAGCUCGCUCAGCUAGAGAACGACUACCAGUCUGCCGUCCACUACGUGAAGGGCACGGAGAAGAUGCUCAAGCGUAUGAAGGACGAGCUCUCGAAGCUGAAGGGAGAGAAUGGCCGCCUAAAGGCCGAAGUUGACGGAGUGAGAUCCAAGGCCGCCAGCCCCGCUGAGCCAACUGAGUGGGAGCAAGAAAAGGAGGCACUCCGCCACCAAAUCUCGAACCUGCAAGCUGAGAUCCAGACCUCGCGCUCCGAAAUGGAGAACCAGCUCUCCGACGUCCGCAAAGAACUCGAGUCCACCAAAGCCGACCGCGAGCGCGUCACCGAGGCCCACGACGAAUCGCGUCUCGACCUUGACCAGCUGCAGCAGGAGAACGCGAACCUCGAGAAGCGCGCCCUGGACGCCGAACAGAAGGUCUCCUUACUCCUCGACCAGGUCGAGUCCUCCGUCGAUAACUACCGUCGGCAAUCCCACCUUGUCAACGACGCGGUCGCCGGCAACGCCAAAACCGGCGGGCACACCCGCAACCUCAGCGACAUCGACAUCGUCUCCGGCGAGUCGCUGUACAGCGAUACCACCGAGCGCGCUAACGACCGCAACUCCAUGGCCCUCGACAGCUUAGCAUCCGAGCUCGAGACUCUGCGCACGCACUGGCAGACGACGAAUAAAAACUACCGCCAGUCCACGAACUUCGAUGUCGACAAGCCCGAUGUCGACGACAGCCAGAGCCAGGAACAGCAUGGUCUGAGCAACAGCCUGGCUGAUUGGCGUAAGCGUCUUGAUUCUGCGGAGGCGGAGACGAGGGUUAGGAAGGGGAGCGCGGAUGAGUUGUCCCCGACGGCGGGGCCGAAGGGGAAUGUCUUUUGAGGUGGGGGGGAUGACCGAUAUGAUGUUUUACGUUUACCACGCGCACACACCUCUUGCCAUGAAAACCUAGCUGCUGCGCGCAACUGCCUUGUUUGUAUAUUGAAGAAUUUGAAGCCUGCUCCCCGCGGUCCCUGUGUUUGAGGGGAAUGAUGGGGGGUGGAUAGAAUGGGGGAGACGACUGUUGGAUUUUUUUGAGAGAGUUUUCCCGACUAUAUCCGGCGUCAUGAUGCUUGAUCGAUUUCCCUGUUUUUGUUUGCCAUUUGUCUUUUUGCAGUUGUUUGUCGUAUCUCGUUUUUUCUGUUUGAUAUGCUUGAUCUAACACCAACACUGCGCAUUACCCCCGUCGCACCCCCGUCGCACCCCCGUCAAGGGGUUCUUGACGCCGCGAACACCCCGCGUAACGGAGCUUGUUUUGAGAUUAUUUGAUUGGGUUUCUAUAUUUUCUGUUUCGUGGAGAUCGGGGAGGCGGAUGUCGGAUGUCCUUUGCUAUAGCUAUGGCUGAUUGAAACUCGGACUGGGACUUUGAAGAAAGGAGUGUGGUGAAAGGAGAAGGAGGAGGGAAGGGGGGGAGAGGAUGAAAUGUACCAUACAACCACAACAGCACACACAAGGGAUGCAACGCGCAGACAGACGCAAUGAAUAAACUUGGACAGAUGCGUAUGACCUACUACUAGCACUGCGGCGAGGUAGAGAUUCUUAUUUGGGGGGGGGAUGGGUAGAAUGGGUGGUUUAAUAGCAGAUCUGGUCUUCGGAGAUGUGUCUCGGUUGCCGUGGAUGGAUUGCGAGGAUUCUGUGCUCGCACGUUCCCCCCUCGCGGAGCUCCGCUGGCCUGGUUCUCAAGACCUGGAAGCCCAGCAAGCCAAGGUGGCCCCUUCCUUCCCUCCCCGCAAGCUCGCAUCAUGAGCGCCCAACCCCGCCGAGACGGGCCUUGUCUUCCUUUCCGUGAUCGACUUAAGCGCCCGAGCUGUCCUACCCCAGUACACUACUAUAUAGAUGGUACAUUCACAUACCCCGGUCCGGUCGUGAUGCGUCGCUCCCAGGCACCUGCCAAACCGCACGCCGCAGACAAAACUAAGAGCCGUGUCGUGUGGCUUGGGCUCAGCGCGCGCGGCUGCGGUCUGGAUGUGGGUGUUGUGGUAUGUGGUAUGUGGUACGGGGUAGUGGUGGUUGGUGGUGGUUGGUGG